ACUGAGCCUCUCCACUGCUGCACGUUAUAAAAAUAGCUAUUUAAGCUAUUGUUUAGUUGGAGUGGUUUUGCCAGUACAAGUCCGCCAGUCUCAGUCCAACACUCCAUCCAUUGUUCUCCAUCUUCUGGGUCCCCUCAUGGGCACCGAAUCAGCCAGUGCUAGAAAACUUCCCUCAGAGCCCAAAUCAGAGUCUCAGCCUUGACCAUGGAGAUGAAACAGCCAGCAACAAUGAACCAGGACCAGGGUGAAAAGGACAAGGAGAAUGGCCGGCUAAUGGACGGAAGCAUUGCUGAUAAAGGGCAGAAAAUGGGGCAGAGACAGGUCUCAAAUGGCUACCCGAGCACAUCAGGUCAGGGUCAGAGGGAAGGAACCGCAGGCUCUGGAGCUUCUGGUGGAUUUAGGACUCUUGUGGUACAGCAGACCAGUCUAGAUCCUCCCAGAGAGACGUGGAGCAAAAAGGUGGAUUUCCUGCUGUCGGUUAUUGGCUAUGCAGUAGACCUCGGCAACGUGUGGCGCUUCCCAUAUAUCUGCUACCAAAACGGAGGAGGUGCUUUUCUGCUGCCCUACCUGUUAAUGGCGGUAUUCGGAGGAGUGCCACUGUUCUACAUGGAGCUGGCGCUUGGGCAGUUCCACCGCAGCGGCUGCAUAUCCAUCUGGAAGCACAUUUGCCCCAUCUUUAAAGGCAUAGGAUUCGCCAUCUGCAUUAUUGCCCUGUAUAUCGCCUUCUACUACAACACCAUCAUGGCCUGGGCUCUGUACUACCUGCUGUCCUCCUUUCGCGCAACUCUUCCCUGGACCACCUGCAAUAACCCCUGGAACACUGUCAACUGCACCAGCUAUCUGUCCACUGACAGCAACAUCUCCUGGACUGAGAAAUCCAUCUCGCCCGCCGAGGAGUUCUAUACACGGCAGGUGUUGCAUGUGAACCUGUCCCCAGGUCUUCAUCAGCUGGGGCCGGUCAGCUGGCAGCUGGCACUCUGUCUACUCUUCAUCUUCACCAUCGUCUACUUCAGUAUCUGGAAGGGAGUGAAGACCUCUGGCAAGGUAGUGUGGGUGACUGCUACCCUUCCAUAUGUGGUUCUGCUGAUCCUGCUGGUGCGAGGGGCCACUCUGCCGGGAGCAUGGAGGGGUGUUGUUUAUUACUUAAAACCUGACUGGGAGAAGCUUCUGACCACUUCAGUUUGGAUUGAUGCAGCAGCUCAGAUCUUCUUUUCUCUGGGUCCAGGCUUUGGGGUGCUCCUAGCCUUCGCCAGCUACAAUCCCUUUCACAACAACUGCUACAAAGAUGCACUGAUUACAAGCUCUGUGAACUGCAUGACCAGCUUCAUGUCAGGAUUUGUGAUCUUUACCGUGCUAGGCUACAUGGCUGAGAUGCGGAAGGUGGGCGUGGAGACUGUAGCAAAGGACGCUGGCCCCAGUUUACUGUUUAUUAUUUAUGCGGAGGCCAUUGCCAACAUGCCGGCUAGCACCUUCAUCGCCAUUAUCUUCUUCCUCAUGAUUAUCAUGCUGGGAUUGGAUAGCACGUUUGCUGGGCUGGAAGGAGUCAUCACGGCCAUGUUGGAUGAAUUUCCCCACCUGCUGGCCCGGAGGAGAGAGUGGUUUGUUCUGGGUCUGGUAUGUGUCUGCUACCUGGGAGCUCUGUCCACACUGACCUACGGAGGAGCCUAUGUCGUCAAGCUCUUUGAAGAAUAUGCGACAGGACCAGCCGUCAUAACCGUAGUCUUCCUGGAAGUCAUCGCUGUCUCUUGGUUUUAUGGAACAUCACGUUUCUGCAGUGACGUCCAGUUGAUGCUUGGCUUCUCUCCCGGUCUUUUCUGGAGGGUGUGCUGGGUGGCCAUCUGCCCUUGCUUCCUCCUGUUCAUCAUUGGCAGUUUCCUGGCCUUCCCCCCUGAAGUGAGGCUGUUCAACUACCUGUACCCAUUCUGGACCACUGUUCUUGGCUACUGUAUUGGUGUCUCCUCUUUCAUUUGCGUGCCUUCCUACAUGGUCUACCACCUGCUCACCACCAAAGGGACCUUCAAACAGCGUCUGAUGAAGAGCAUCACCCCCGAGCCUUCAGGCAGCGGAGAAGCUCACAGGGACGUGAUCAUCACCAACGCGGUGUGAGUGGAGCAUGUUCUCCCUCUGCUGGACAUGUAGCACAAGUGCUAACGUGGGGCUUUCACCCCUCCCAUUCAUAUCCCAAGAUCUGCCAAAGGAGUCUCCAUCCAGAUCAUGCGACAGCUGGACCUCUGUCUACGUACAGCAGUCCAGCUGUUUUAUUUCACACCAUUACUAAUCGUGGCAGCAUUCAAUGUUCGUGUAAGUUCAUACCUGCCAUAACAAAAUAUAUUGGGGUGGUCGAAUCUGCAGGUCGGUAGCACAAAUGUUUUGGUUUUUGUUACCACUUUGUGGUUAGGAAAAAUAGUUCCUGGGCAGUAGACAGUGUAAAAAUAGCUUACAGUGUGUAUCCAUCUUUCCAGCUUGCAUUUUAGAAUCAAAUACAUGAAUUUUAGAUUAAUUUAGAUUUAUGGGUAGCUGCACAGCUUCAUAUGGUUUAGGUUUUACAUUUUAAGCUACAGAGCAAUUAUGUUUAAGUCUGAGACAGGAAUCUGUGCUAAGAGUAAACCUUCAAACCAAAAGUGUAUUAAUGCAGUGCCAGAUGUGGUUUGGAUUAUUGCACAGAUGUGUACGCUUGGCUUAUUUUGGAAACUUUGAAGGAGUAAAUGCAUUUUGACACAAACUGUUUCUUAACCUCCCUAGUGUAUCCACUUCUUCUAUUCAUGUGAAAAUAUAUGAGUAUUUAUACAUAUAUGAAAAUGUAUGUGAAUGACAAGGUAGCAGAAACCAAAUACUGAUGUGCUCAUUACAGGUGGUCCAAAUUAAACCCUCAUGAAUGAAGUACAGCUAUGUAUGUAUCUGUUCUGUGAGUAUUCGUGUUCCAGUCCUGUGACAACAUGUCUACUUCUUCAAGUGAGAAUUUAUGGAUGUGUGAGUGUGUUUGUCAGUUUUAUGAAGUGUGUGUGAGCUGUAAGUCCAGGUAGAGAUACCAGAAGCCAUGGUGCGGUCCGUCAGUGUGUGCGUAUGCAUGCAGACAUGAAUGUAUACCGUGUGUACUUAGUGUGUGCCUCAACUUAGUGAUGCUUCUUACUUCUCUCGUCCUUGUCUUCACAAUUUACUCUAAAGUGAUGAGACUCUCCUAUUGUACUAUGUAUGUAUGUCUAUAAGACUGUUAUAAAAAUCCAUAUAGAAUAAGGAUAUUAUAUAUAUAUAUAUAUAUAUGAAUUGUGAGAGAAAUAAAAUAAAACUAUAUGUAUAUAA